CUAGGGUAUAAGCAGAUAGAAUUGAGAGAUUCGAAGAACGUGAAAGCUCUUGGAAAAAUAUACUCCUUUCAUAUCAUUUGCCAUUGGCAACAGAGUAGCUGAGCAAACCGCAGUCACGGAUCUUAUUGGGUGCCGAUUAUUUCAAGCCACUCAAUGCUCUAACACGACGGACGAAUCCUUCAACCGCAUGUCUCAAUGAGCGGUCGAAAAGCAAAAAAGGACGACGAUGAGUACGUUGAUAUCGACGAUGCUACAGAUACCCAUGAGAACGAGGAUGCUCAACAAGGUGGAUACUCCUGGGAAGAAGAGUACAAGCGCAGUUGGGAUGUCCUGCAAGAGGAUGCCGAAGGUCGCCUGAGCAGUGUGGUAGCGCAUUUGCAACAGCAAAUGAAACGAAGACGACUGCUACGAGACACAGCAACAGUUCAACGUGGUAUCAUUCGGCACUUGUUUCUUGUCAUUGAUCUAUCAGAGGCCAUGAAUGAGAAGGAUCUUCGACCGUCGCGUUUAGAAUUGACUUUGACAUAUGCAAGACAGUUCGUCACAGAAUAUUUCGAUCAGAAUCCAAUAUCCCAACUUGGCAUCAUUGUUAUUCGAGACGGUGUAGCGGAGAGAUUGACGGAUUUAAGCGGCAAUCCUACAGAUCAUUUGCGAGCACUGAAGAACAAGAGAAAUCAAGAAACGAGCGGUGAACCAAGCUUACAGAAUGCAUUGGAUAUGGCAUGUGCAAGUCUUGUCAAUGUUCCCAGUCAUGGAAGUCGUGAAGUGCUUGUGGUUUAUGGCUCGUUGACUACGUGUGAUCCUGGCGACAUCUAUGAUACCAUUGCUCAAUUGAAAAAAGAACAUGUACGUGUCAGCUUUGUGGGUUUAGCGGCUGAGAUACAAGUUUGCCGAACCCUGUGCAAGGAAACAAACGGGUCCUAUGGUGUAGUUCUCAAUGAAGCACAUUUCAAAGACCUCUUGUUUGAAGCUAUCCCACCUCCCGCAGUCACCCAAACCAGAAACACUUCAAAUCUGGUUAUGAUGGGAUUCCCGACCAAAUCAAAUGACCUUCAUCCAUCCUUUUGUGUAUGUCACUCCAAGCUGACGGUGGGAGGUUACAUCUGCCCCAGGUGUUCAUCAAAAAUAUGCGAAUUACCAACCGAUUGUGAUGUGUGUGGCUUAACACUGGUCUCAUCUCCUCAUCUGGCAAGGUCAUAUCACCACCUCUUCCCUGUAGAUAAUUUUAUAGAGGUGCCUUGGAGUGGCAUUAAUUCCUUGCAUUGCUUUGCUUGCCAAACCGCUUUUGACUCGUCGCCUCCUCCCGGCGCUGGAUUAGAAUCAAAUAGUGGAAGAUAUUCGUGUCCACGUUGCCAUAACCAAUUCUGUGUAGACUGUGAUAUCUUUGUACAUGAAGUAUUACAUAAUUGUCCUGGGUGUUGGGCGGCUGGAUCCAACAUCUCAACCGUGCAAAUUCAUUCCAAAAAGCAACCUGCUAUACAAAAUGAUGUUAUGCCUAUGCAAGGCGUUACUUCGUAAUUGGUUGUGUCAAUAAAAGGUACAUCUGAUCUAUCUCAUGCACUCUGUCAUGUUGUCACGAGUGCGAGGUAAAAACU